CAGACAUGUGAGAAGUGGGCUUCUGAUUUAUGUCAUGGCCUUGGUCGUUGUGCAACUGGUGGGUUCGGUUCACGGAAGGAUGCAAAGGGCAGGGAGGUGGGAAUAGAGCGGGGGAAAGGUGACUCUCGUCAAAGACUUUUUCUAACACCCAUCAAGUAUCGUGAUUAGAACAUUUUUCUCCGCAGACUCUUCCAAUUUUCGAGCGCGGUAUUUUUGGGCACAGGAAAUGGCCCGGAGGAGCUGCAGAGCAAAGCCUCCCCUCUCUGGCACCGUAUGGGAGUGCCCCGUGGGAUGAGGGAGAGGACAAGGCAGUCAGGCAAAGGUUAGGGGAGGAAAGCAAAGGCAGGGGCCCAGAAUGACUCCAGGAAAUGUUUGGAUUUCUCCACCAGGAGGGAGGACAAACAAGCUUUUUUCUUUCCUUCUGGGCAGCUUUGUGUGCUCUCCAGCACGGAGUCUGAGGAGGAAAAGCGAAGCUGAAAAUAAAAAUUAUCCUGGGGCUGGACCCAAUCGCUCCUCUACCGCACGAAUCUCUUCGGAUACCCCCAACCCUACCGCCUCUCAGAAAUGACCACUUUUGCAAAAUUGCAUGCAUUUCCAAGCUUCAUCCGGCUCCAGGCUUGGCCUCUCGGAGAGGCAGGCGGCUUAUGAGACGGGCUCCAGAGAAAAGACCUCCCUGGGUCUGUCAUUUCCUGGCUGAAGUUUCUCUUCUCGCUGCUGUGGCAGCGUCCAACCCACACACACAGGACCCGCAUCCUGGGUGAUGAAGUCAGACAUGCAGCAGCUGGGUGAGUGCUGACGCUUCGAUAAGCAUCUGUGUCAUUGUGGGGACCCCCUGGGCUGCUCCGCACCCGGACACUUGCUCUGUCCCCACCAUGUACAACGGGUCGUGCUGCCGCAUCGAGGGGGACACCAUCUCCCAGGUGAUGCCGCCGCUGCUCAUUGUGGCCUUUGUGCUGGGCGCACUAGGCAAUGGGGUCGCCCUAUGUGGUUUCUGCUUCCACAUGAAGACCUGGAAGCCGAGCACUGUUUACCUUUUCAACUUGGCCGUGGCUGAUUUCCUCCUUAUGAUCUGCCUGCCUUUUCGGACAGACUAUUACCUCAGACGUAGACACUGGGCUUUUGGGGACAUUCCCUGCCGGGUGGGGCUCUUCACGUUGGCCAUGAACAGGGCCGGGAGCAUCGUGUUCCUUACGGUGGUGGCUGUGGACAGGUAUUUCAAAGUGGUCCACCCCCACCACGCGGUGAACACCAUCUCUAACCGGACGGCGGCUGGCAUCGUCUGCACCCUGUGGACCCUGGUCAUCCUGGGAACACUGUAUCUUUUGCUGGAGAACCAUCUCUGUGUGCAAGAGACGGCUGUCUCCUGUGAGAGCUUCAUCAUGGAGUCGGCCAAUGGCUGGCAUGACAUCAUGUUCCAGCUGGAGUUCUUUCUGCCCCUCGGCAUCAUCUUAUUUUGCUCCUUCAAGAUUGUUUGGAGCCUGAGGCGGAGGCAGCAGCUGGCCAGACAGGCUCGGAUGAAGAAGGCGACCCGGUUCAUCAUGGUGGUGGCAGUUGUGUUCAUCACGUGCUACCUGCCCAGCGUGUCCGCCAGACUGUAUUUCCUCUGGACGGUGCCCUCGAGUGCCUGCGAUCCCUCUGUCCAUGUGGCCCUGCACAUCACCCUCAGCUUCACCUACAUGAACAGCAUGCUGGAUCCCCUGGUGUAUUAUUUUUCAAGCCCCUCGUUUCCCAAAUUCUACAACAAGCUCAAAAUCUGCAGUCUGAAACCCAAGCAGCCAGGACACUCAAAAACACAAAGGCCGCAAGAGAUGCCAAUUUCGAACCUCGGUCGCAAGAGUUGCCUCAGUGUGACAAAUAGUUCCCAAAGCCAGUCUGAUGGGCAGUGGGAUCCCCACAUUGUUGAGUGGCACUGAACAAGCAGACCAACAACACUGAGGAAGAUAGAGUGGUGACUUAGAAUUAAUUCGGUAAGGGGUCGGGGGCUUUGAAAAUGCCACCCACCUUUCUUAUUGCAAGACGGCUUCACACACAUGAACUGCAUCCUCAUUCUGUCAGAAAUGAAAUUCACACAACUAUACCUUUUGGGGAGGUUCCAGUUGAUUGAAGUGAGUUGGUUGCAUUUUCUUAUCUGAUUACGAUGGCAGGGGACAGAAUGUGCAUGGAGUGGAGCAUGUGUGUGUUGGGAGGGGGGUUAGCAACUGGACAGCCCCUGUGUAAUUUUCGUUGUUUGUUUUUGUUUUGAGACAGAGUCUCGCUCUGUCUCCCAGUCUGGAGUGCGGUGGCACAAUCUUGGCUCACUGCAACCUCCGCCUCCCGGGUUCAAGUAAUUCUCCUGCCUCAGCCUCCCGAGUAUAGAUGGGAUUACAGGCUCCUGCCACCACACCUGGCUAAUUUUUGUAUUUUUAGUAGAGACAGGAUUUUGCCAUGUUGUCUAGGCUGGUCUCGAGCUCCUGACCUCAAGUGACCCGCCUGCCUUGACCUCCCAAAGUGGUGGGACCACAGGCAUGAGCCACCGCGCCCGGCUUCCCCUGUGUCAUUUUAAAUGGCUAAGUAAAUGGGCAUAUGUGUUUAAAUGGGGCAUAUUCUCUCUCUUAGGAGGUGGGGGCAUUAGCAUCAUUUCCUAUCCUCUGACCUUAAAUCAUUCCUUAUCUCAGAAAAUAGGAACCGGGCUAAGUCAAUCAAUACUUUUUUAUUUCAGGCCGAAUGAGGCUCUUUAGAUUGGGAUGUAUUGAUCUAUUAAUUUUCAUCUUUACAUUUUUUUGUACAUCUGUACAUUUCUUUGUCAUCGUUGUGACUUCCCGGUAGCCCAAGAAGAACAACAACAAAACAAUCUGCUCUGACCUUCUUCAAAUCUUUGUAUUUCAAAGAAGGUGCUGAGGGGUCUGUUUCCCUGCCCUGGCUUCUCCAGUGGGAUGUGCUGAGUCCAACACAAUUGCUUUUACAAUUGCUUUUGAUGACUUAUUAUGUGACUGUGAAUUGAAAUUAUUCAUUUACUUAUUCUCCAAGUAUUUACUGAAUUCAUAUUUGGUGGCAGGCACUAUACUGUGUAAUUUUUAGUGGAGGGUCAUUAGUCACCUCUUGUGUGACAGUAAAGUUUUUUUGGGGGUGGGGGCAGACAAGUUAAGAGCUUUCAUCCUUUCACGGAAUAAUUUCUAGACCUGUUCUGUGUGAACAUCAGUGUUGUACUCUUAUUGCAAAACUCCCUCAUACACAUGAGCUUCCCAAAUGUGUACCUGGACCCCUCAAAACAGAGGACUCUAUGAAAUGACAAGCUGCCCCUGCCCUGAAUUAGGGGGAAACAUUCCAGACCAACUCUAGCUCCUUUCUCAAGCCACAAAGUGGUGAACAUGGUUCUCAACUCCUUAAUUUAUACUCUCUCAAAUGCCCAGGAUACUCUCCCCACUGAAGAACUUUGCCAACUUCUGGGGACCAGGCGUGGUGGCUCAAGCCUGUACUCCCAGCACUUUGGGAGACUGAGGUGGGCGGAUCACCUGAG